AUGUUGGCUAUAAUCAUUAUUGUUGGUUUGGCCAUAGUGAUACCUGUUAGAAUAAAAAUGGUGAUUCCGGAAGGGGAACCUGAGACACCUGCGAAACCACUAGGCGAUAAAGGCCCCAAAGCUCAAUUGCAUGAAGGUGUUGUUGGUUCUGCAGAAUCCCCUGAGCCUGAAGGUAGUACACCUCAAACGCCUAACAAACCUUACAAGCCUUAUAUGUCUGGGGAGCCACUGGAACAACCGUUCGACAAAAUCAUGGAGCAAUUUCCAUCUCAACCACAAACUCCACUUCAACCCUCACAUUCACCUCUGCCUCCACCACAAUUUCCUCUUCCACCUCCUGUUGCACUUGAUUUCGAAGAUCCAUACAUUCUUCCUAAGGGAAACUCUCGCGAAACACUUCAAUCUCCUGAAGGGUUCCCUUCAGUUGAGCCUAUUGAGGAGCCGAAAGCAUUUGGGUUUCAUCGAGAGCAAAUAAUGCCAUUUGACAUGCGAUCGCCGGAAGUUCGUAAUUCAGAAGAUUUCUUUCGUGUCCCAAAUCCCUUUAGGGCGAAGCCAAAAAAGGAAGAACCCGCUAGACUUAAGAAGAAAGAAAAAGACAAGAAAGGAGUAGAGAAAAAAAGGAAAAGCGAACAGCGUAAGAAACAGGGACCGUACGGAACGCCUGAUAGAACUCCAAUCAAAACUCCAAGAUUUCAUGGCCGCGGAGGAGGA